AUGCCGUUACAGGUCGGCGGUUGUGCCAACAUGUCUCCUUGUGGUAAACUAUAUACUCCUCCAGACUAUCACAAGGCUCUGAGAGUCCAGCUGGCUGCAGAAUAUAGUGGUGUUUCUUUGGAAGUUGUUGAGUACUGCCCUGGGGUGUCAUCUAUGCCCGAUGAGGCAAAAUCCUGUCCUCCCGACGCUGCUCCUCUAUUUCACAGCAAAGAUGGUGUGACUCUAUUUGAUGCCAACGCCAUCGCCUAUUUUUUGGGCAAUAAACAACUUCGAGGUGGCGAACAGGAAUAUUAUGUUACUCAGUGGGUAAACUUUACUGAUCAUAUUUUGAUGCCAUCGGUCGCUGCUUGGUUGUAUCCCGUUAUUGGGGCGACGAACUAUAAUGCGAAUCAGGUUAGCAAGGGUCAGGAAAAUGUGAAGAAGGCACUCAUUUUCCUGAACGACUUUCUUGCCUCAAAGACGUAUUUCGUCGGUGAAAAUAUCACUCAGGCUGAUCUGACCCUCUUUUCGGUUCUGAGACUUCUCUUCGAGAAACUUCUUGAUGAAGCUGGCCGCGCGUCCUACCCUCAUGUAGUCCGUUGGUACACUACCAUUGCCAACCAACCGGAGAUUAAGGCAGUUGUUGGAGAAAUGAAACUUUGCGAAAAACCCGUUGUGUUUGACCCGAAAAAUGUGCCAAAGCAUGAGAAGCAGAAGAAGGUUAAGAGUCAAGAGAAGCAGCAUGAAAAGCCACAACCCAAAAAGGAGGAACCAAAAAGGUCAGAAAGUGAUUUGGAGGAGGAGGAGGAGAAUGAAAAACCUUCGUCUGGGUCUCGCAAUAAUCCCCUUGCCCAGCUUCCUACUGGGAAGUUUAAGUAUGACGACUUUAAGAGGGUGUUCUCUAAUGCAGAUUGUACGACGGUAACGAUUCCAUUCUUUUGGGAAAAUUUUGAUCCCACUACUGAUUCAAUUUGGUACUGUGAAUAUAACUAUCCUGAGGAGCUCAGGUUCACCUUCAUGUCUGCCAACCUUCUCAGGGGCAUGUUUCAGCGACUAGAAAAAAUGCAAAGAUACAGCUUUGCUAUAAUGCACGUUUAUGGCGAAAAUAACAACAGCACCAUCGGCGGACUCUGGGUGUGGCGCGGAACCGGUUUAAUUUUCGAUCUCAGUCCAGAGUUGCAAACUGAUUACGAGUCUUACACUUGGACCAAGCUUGAUCCCACCUCACCUGAAACCAAAGCAAAGGUUGCCGACUUUUUUGCUCUCGGUGAUGUGUGUGAUGGGAAACCUGUCGCUGAGACCUGUGUUUUCAAGUGA